ACAUGGCCGGCCUAUCAGCAUACCCCCUAUUUCAGUACCCUAAGUACGAAUGUACGAUUCAUUUUCAAAUGAGGAAAAUAAUAUUGAGUAAAUCUUAAAAAAAUUGAAUCAAGAAGUAUGACAGAAGCAGAAGAUGUUGACCGUAUCGAGGCGAAAUGCAUGCAAAUGUGUCCUGCCAGCGAAUGCAUCAAAAGAGAAAAGGAACGACUCAUACACAUCUUGGAGACCGAUCCUCAAAACACCAGUAAGACAAGAAUAGCAGAAAAAUGCCGAAUGAUAAAAUCCUAUCGCAGAUCUGCAGCUGGACAAGAACUCACCAAACCUGAGUUAUUACGACCACCUGCAAUCCUUUUACAAACUCUCGACUAUAUUUUCAACAAUGUAAUACACGACGAUCGAGUAUCCAAAAUAGCUUUAUAUAAUUUCAUCGACGAUAGACUACGUUCGAUCAAACAAGACGGAAUUGUUCAGAGACUAGCACCGGAAACCUGGUUCCAGGUUCUUGUACCCAUAGUUCAUUUCUACGUGUAUUCUGCUUAUACGUUUUGUGAAGAAUCACCGAAUAAUUUUGACCCAAAACUGAAUAACGAUCAGCUCAUAGAUUGUUUAACCAGAUUCAUUAAAUUAUACGAAGAUCAUCCUUCGCCAAAAUAUACCGAUUCUUAUGCAAAAAUAGAAGCUUUGUACUUGAUCGUCAAUUUCGAUAAAGUGGAAAUUAUUAAUCGUGCUGUUCUGCUGGAAUUACCACAUCAAGAUUUUCAAGAUACUGUGAAAUUAGUGCUCAAAAGUUACACGAAUAAUUACUGUGAUGUUUUUCGAUCGCUGCCUUUUAUGUCUUUAUUACCAGCUUGUUUAUUUGUUGCUCUUCAUUUGAAUAAAAUACGAAGACGAGCUUUAGAAACGAUGUCUUUCGCCUACUCGAGUAAAAAAACCGAAUACCCGAUCUCAAAACUGAAACCAGAUUUAUUAUUCAAUUCGUGGGACGAGGCAAUAAAGGAAUGUCAGUUCUACGGAAUCGUCGUCAAUUCCGAAAAUAACGUACAAUUCUCCAAACGCAUACUGAAUUCUGAGGCCAACCCACGAAGAUUACAACACCUAGAUACAAAAUUAGCGAAAAUCUCACUACCAAAUCUUAUACUUGAAAUCGAAAUAAAUAACUUAUAAUUUAUAA